GAGGUAUAAUAAGGUGUGUUUGGUUCCCAUAGUUUAGUUCUGUCAAGAUGUCUCCAGAGAAGGCUGCAAUUUUGCUUGCGUCAAUUCUACUUAUCAGAGUACAGCAAUUGCAUUCGUUUUUAGAAAAUGGUUAUCACAUCUCACCUUACACGAGCAAUUGGUUCGAAGCCGUGGAGUAUUGUCAUCGCCUUGGAAUGCGAUUAGCCAUCGCGGAUACAGAAGACAAGCACAAUGCCAUCGCCAAGCUCGGCCAGGAUACAGGACUGUGGACGAGCGGUUUUUUCGGAAUAUGGCUCGGGGCAAGUGAUCUAGCCAGGACGCACAUCUACGUCUGGCAUGACACUGGUGCGCGGAUAAGAUUUUCGAGGUGGAAAGCGGGAGAACCAACCGGUGGAGAAGAACAUUGCCUAAACCUUUACUACUGGCCUCAGCUUCAAUUCAACUGGACAUGGAACGAUGCACCGUGUGAGAUAUCGCUGUAUGCCGUAUGCGAGAAACGAGAUCGGGACAAUAAUAUAUGAGAGUGAUACUGUUCCUUAGGCGUUCAGUCUCUUGUUAACAUUUUCAAAUUUAGUAAAUUGAAAAGAUUGUUUUCAACAAUACACUAGGGUAGGAUUGGUUGUACCGCUUUCAAGGAUUAAAUUAAAUUUACUUAUACUCAAGUUAUUUGAUUCCGCGUACAAAAAAUCUUUCAAAUCGCGUAGAAACAUUCCGCUUAAUUGUAAAAAUAGCGGUAAACGCAUAAAAAUAACCCGCGUUAAAUCAGACCCCAGUGUAUUAUGUUACAUAAUAUUUUAGUAUGUAAUCAUAGUUAGUUCCCAAAUAAAAUAACUUUAACGAUACAGAUUUCAUGAACAGUGUUCAUGAAAAAAAAAUAUUUUUAUCUAAAUUUGCGA